GUAUUUGUCAUUAGGCCUGCAGGCUCGAGGCUGUGAAAGCGUUCAUUCAGAAUAAUUCAGUCUCGUGAUCGCGCGCGCGCGCUCGCACGUAGAUCAGCUUUAUCGUCAGUUGAGUGUUCUUCUCAUGAGUUCAGUUUCAAUGAUGCUGAAGAGAGAGAUUGUGAAGAGAAGGAGAGAUGUUUUCCUCUCUCUCUCUGCUCUACUGAUGCUCGUGUUUGCUGCUCUUAAUCUCGUCUCCUACACCGCUAAAAGUUUCCAGACUUCAGCUCGAGUCCGACGGGAUGCAGAUAAUAAUGAGACAGACUGCAUCUCAUCACAGUCCUCAGAAUUCCCGGAGGGAUUCUUCACUGUACAGGAGCGAAAAGAUGGAGGAGUUCUCAUAUAUUUUAUCAUUAUAGUUUACAUGCUUCUGGCUGUUUCUAUCGUGUGUGAUGAUUAUUUCCUCCCUUCUCUUGAGGUCAUCAGUGAAAGUCUUGGUCUUUCUCAGGAUGUUGCUGGUGCCACUUUCAUGGCAGCUGGAAGUUCUGCACCUGAACUUGUUACUGCGUUUCUGGGUGUUUUUGUGACUAAAGGAGACAUUGGAGUGAGUACGAUCAUGGGUUCGGCCGUGUAUAAUCUCCUGUGUAUCUGUGCAGCGUGUGGUCUCUUAACUUCUGCCGUGUCUCGUCUCUCCUGUUGGCCGUUAUUCAGGGAUUGUCUGGCGUACGCCAUCAGUGUGACCGCAGUCAUCGCCAUCAUCUCAGAUAACAGAGUUUACUGGUAUGAAGGAUCGUGUCUUCUUCUGGUCUAUGGAGUUUAUGUAGCAGUGCUGUGUUUUGAUCUGAAGAUCAGUGAGUAUGUGAUGCAGAGGUUCAGUCCCUGCUGCUCGUGUCUUCAUAAGAGCUCACAGGAGCGAGAGGAACAGCAGCCGCUCAUGGGCUGGAACGACGACAGCAGCGUCAGAACCAUCCGACGUUCCCGAGCGGACAGCGGGAUCUUCCAGGAUGAUUCCGGAUACUCUCACCUCUCUCUCAGCCUGCACGGCCUGAAUGAAAUCCCUCAAGAACAGAAGAGUGUGUUCAGGAUGCCAGAAAACGAUCUGAAGCGGAUUCUCUGGGUUCUGUCUCUGCCGGCCAUCGUGGUUUUAUAUCUGACCAUUCCCGACUGCAGGAGACGCUUCUGGAAGAAAUGGUACAUGAUCACCUUCAUGAUGUCUGCUGUCUGGAUCUCGGGCUUCACCUACGUUCUCGUGUGGAUGGUCACUGUCGUCGGUGAGACUCUGGGAAUCCCGGAUACAGUCAUGGGAAUGACUCUUCUUGCGGCAGGAACCAGUAUCCCGGACACCGUAGCGAGCGUCAUGGUAGCGCGUGAAGGUAAAGGUGACAUGGCCAUGUCAAACAUCGUGGGCUCAAAUGUUUUUGACAUGUUGUGUUUAGGGCUGCCGUGGUUCAUUAAGACUGUGUUUGUGAACACUGAAUCGCCGGUAGAAGUGAACAGUUCAGGUCUGGUCUUCAUGUCCUGUACUCUUCUUCUCUCCAUCAUCUUCUUGUUCUUUGCCGUUUACAUUAACGGCUGGAAGUUGGACUGGAAACUGGGUCUGGUGUGCCUGUUCUGCUAUAUGCUGUUUGCCACGCUGUCAAUCCUGUACGAGCUCGGGAUCAUUGGGAAUAACCCCAUCCGGGCCUGUGCUGACUGACCCUCUUUAGUUAGUUGCACAGUUGUAUAUUUAUUCAAGUGUCUGACAUUACAAAUGUACUCGAGCAGAGCCAUGAGGUUUAUCAGGUCAGUGAUGAGUCAUUUCUUUAACUCUUGGUUUGUCAAAGGUAGAUGACAUUUAAUGAAGAUGAGGC